UGCCAUCUGCUGGUUGCACGUGCUGUCGAUGAGGAAAUGGUCAACAUGUUAUGAAUGGAUCAAUAGCCUGCGUUUCACUUUCUCAUUGCUGGGCAUGUGAUUUCUGUUAUUCAAACAUCUUUGGUAUUGCUAGCUUGGGUUCCAUUGCUUGCAUAGUGACGUUGAUAUACUUAUAUGAGAAGGAGAUGUACCAAUAGUGGUUACAGUAUCUAGCUAUAGCGAUAGCUAGCAGGUUGCAGACAGUCGUGUAGGUCGCGCCCGGCUUCAGAGCUCCUUCCCCGGUGACUGCAAGCUGGAAAGGACGUGGAUGCGGUGAGGCCCACGGGUAUAACAAGGUGUGUCAUUAUUUUAAUGGAAGGUGAUGCCGAAGAAAAAUCCAUCCUGGAUGGCCAAUGAAGUUGUAUUCUAUUCUAUCUCCUGGACCACAGAUACAGUACCUUAAAAGAAAGGAGACGCUAUCAAUAAACAGUAUGGCUGAGGACCCUCAGAGGAACUUCCGUUCUGCCUAUUAUGAGAAGGUGGGCUUCAGAGGGGUGGAGGAGAAGAAAUCACUGGAGAUAUUACUGAAGGACAACCCACUGGACGUGGAGAAGCUGAGCACUUUCAGUCAGAGAUUCCCUCUGCCCUCAAUGUACAGGAUCCAUGUAUGGAAAGUGCUGUUGGGUAUCCUUCCUCCCCACAGUGACUCCCACUCCCUGGUGGGAGGGUACAGGCGGGAACAGUACCAGGAUGUGUUGGAGGCCCUGAAGGUGAUGAGGUUUGUCCACAUGGCCACUCCCCAGACGCAGGUGUACCUACGCAUGUUCCAGCUGGAGAGCCAAGUGCUGCCCAGACGCUCUGAUACCUCAGCCCCGGACGAGGAGGAUGAGGACUUCCUGUCCAUAGCUCGAGCCAUGGAGGAGAUCGUAGAAGACCCUAUGGAUUGUUAUUGGCUGAUCAAGAACUUUGUCAACCAGUUCAACAAUAAGUUUGGAGACUCCAUUCCCCACCUGCCCAAGAGUCUGGAGCACUACCUGAGUGUGGAGGAGCCCCGGCUACUGAACCAUCUGAAGAAUACUGGGGCCCUCGCCAUGCUGCCAUACAGCCUGUGGUUCAGGCGCUGCUUUGCUGGCUGCCUGCCUGAGUCCAGCCUGCAGAGGGUGUGGGACAAGGUGAUCAGCGGGUCCUGUAAGAUCCUGGUCUUUGUUGCCAUGGAGAUCCUUCUCAGCUACAAGAUCGUGGUGAUGGGGACCAGCAGACCGGAGGGAGUGGUCAGCAUCCUGUGCAACAUGCCCCAAGAGAACACUGACGCAAUAGUGACUAAGGCCAUUGACCUGUGGCACAAGUACUGUGGCACCCCCAUGCACUCUGUAUAGGAUCACAGGUCUCCUGCCGGACCCUCUUGAUGGGGUUGACAUUGACAUUGGGAUACGCUUGGACUCAAAUCAAUCACAUUUAUUUGUCACAUACUUCGUAAAACAACAGAUGUGGACUAGCAGUGCAAUGGUUUCUUACGGGCCCUUCCAAACAAUGCAGAGAGAUGUAAUAAUAACAUGUCUAUAUACACACACGGUGCCAGUUCCAAGUAGAUCUGCAGGGGUAUAAGGUAAUUGAGGUAGAUAUGUUCAUAUAACUAGGAAUAAAGUGACUAGACAACAGUAUAGAUAAUAAACAGUAGCAGUAGUGUAUGUGAUGAGUGCCUGGUAUAGAGGUCCUGGUUGGCAGGGAGCUCAGCCCCAGUGAUGUACUGAGCUGUACGCACUACCCUCUGCAGAGCCUUGCGCUUGAAUGCCAAGAAAUUGACAUACCAGGCGGUGAUGCAGCCAGUCAAGAUGCUCUCAGUGGUGUAGCUGUAGAACUUUUUGAGGAUCUGAGGGCCCAUGCCAAAUCUUUUCAGCCUCCAUGCCAAGUCUUUUCAACCUCUGACUGGAAGUGCCCCUGAGGAACCACCGUGUUGAGGGUAAGUGUGGCGAAUGUGUUGAUGCCUACCAUCACCACCUGGGAGCAGCCUGUCAGGAAAUCCAGGAUCCAGUUGCAAAGGGAGGUAUUCAGUCCCAGGGUCCUUAGCUUAGUGUGGAGCUUUGAGAGCACUAUGAUGUUGAACACUGAGCUGUAGUCAAUGAACAACAUUCUCACAUAGCUGUUCCCUUUGUCCAGGUGGGGAAGGGCAGUACCCCGUUGCAGAAAAUGACAGAUUUGGGCAAUGUUAAAUGCCUAAAUUGGAAACGCAAUGGCUGUACAGUAACAUGACAUCAGAGCUCUGGCUCUGCUCUUCACUUCGCUGUAUGGGUUUUGACUGACAGCCGUUCUGAACUUGAGCACCUCGCACGACAAGAAGUUGCCCCCAUCCCUCCCGCUAAUUGGGCAACUUUUGAGGGAAAUGCUGUAAAUUAAGAGGAUUCUAUGUAUACUGAAAAAAAUAUUAACGCAACAUGAAACAAUUUAAAAGAUUUUACAGUUACAGUUCAUAUAAGGAAAUCAGUCAAUUUAAAUAAAUAUAUUAGGUCCUAAUCUAUGGGUUUCACAUGACUGGGCAGGGGUGCAGCCAUGGGUGGGCCUGGGAGGGCAUAGGCCCACCCACUGGGGGGCCAGGUCCAGUCAAUCAAAAUGAGCUUUAUUACAGACAGAAAUACUCCUCAGUUUCAUCAGCUGUCCAGGUGGCUGGUCUCAGACGAUCCCGCAGGUGAAGAAGCCGAUUGUGGAGGUCCUGGGCUGGCGUAGUUACAUGUGGUCUGCGGAAUUGUGUUCAUUGUCCAUAGCUUAUGCCUGCCCACACCAUGUGUAAUGAUCAUGCUGCUUAAUCAGUUUAUUGAUAUGCCACACCUGUCAAGUGGCUGGAUUAUCUCGGCAAAGAGAAAUGCUCACUAGCAGGGAGGUAAACAAAUGUGUGCCCAAAAUUGAGGAGAAAUAAUCUUUUUGUGCAUAUGGAAAAUUUUGGGGAUCUUUUAAUUCCGCUUAUCAAACAUGGGACCAACACUUUACAUGUUGCGUUUAUAUUUUUAUUCAGUAUAUUUUGAAAGAUGAAACUUUGAGGAUUUAUAAUAAAUACCAAAUUGAUGUCAUACAAGCAAGCCAAACACCCUUGAGUCGAAAAUGUGCACUUCACAUUUCCAUGUCAUAAACAAUGACACUGUAUAAGACAAGUUUUAUGAUCACUAUGUUUUAUGUACAGUUACAAGAUGACAUGCCGUCAUACCCUGGGUUAUUCUGAACAGAAUGAUCCUCGGUUUCUCUAUUGUGAAGAAAAUUUGCCACGGCGCACGCACCUGAAUGCGCUCAUGACUCCUUUCUAUGCGCACCAAAAUUCUGAUCCGUUUCCCUGAAUUGCAUUGUGAAAGCCUUUUAUAAUGUCUUUGUCUAACACUGUCAUAUCGUAUUUUAUACCUUUUCUAGUCAUGUUGACAAUGGAACAGGCUUUGAAAUGAUGCCCACCUGACUCCGAUUGCGAUUUAUAAUUGACCAUUUUGGAUUGCGUAAGUAACUGUAAUUGUGUGAUUGCGGGGAUGCAAUGUUGUUCCAAACAAAAAUAACUACAGGUGUGCUUGCUGCUCUAGUUCCUGAAUGGCACAGCUAGGAGAGCUCACCUUAUAGUUGAAGACUCUUCUUUAAAUCAUAAAAGUGAAAUUACUUAAACUGUGCACCCUUUAGAAAGGUGUGGCCACUUGGAGAUACCUGUUAAUCCUCUCACUCAAACCCUUGUAAUUUAUUUGUCUUAUGUUGUACCUACCCCACAUUUUCCAGGAAUAUUCUUAUUGUGUUACUGAAUGUAUCAAGAGCAUUUUCAGAUUUAGUAUUCAACAAAUGUGACGCAAAGUACAGCAUACAGUACUAGUAAAAAGUUUGGACACACCUACUCAUUCAAGGGUUUUUCUUUAUUUCUACAAUUUUUUUCAUUGUAGAAUAAUAGUGAAGACAUAAACUAUGAAAUAAUGCAUAUGGAUCCAAAAAAGUGUUAAACAAAUCCAAAUAUAUUUUAGAUUCUUCAAAGUAGCCACCCUUUGUCUUUGACAGCUUUGCACACUCUUGGCAUUCUCUCAACCAGCUUCAUGGGAAAUGCUUUUCCAACAGUCUUGAAGGAAUUCUCACAUAUGCUGAGCACUUGUAGGCUGCUUUUCCUUCACUCUGCGGUCCAACUCAUCCCAAACCAUCUCAAUUGGGUUGAGGUUGUGUGAUUGUGGAGGCCAGGUCAUCUGAUGCAGCACUCCAUCACUCUCCUUCUUGGUCAAAUAGUCUUUACACAGCCUGGAGGUGUGUUGGGUCAUGGUCCUGUUGAAAAACAAAUGAUAGUCACACUAACCGCAAAGCAGAUGGGAUGGCGUAUCGCUGCAGAAUGCUGUAGUAGCCAUGCUGGUUAAGUGUGCUUUGAAUUCUAAAACAUCACUAACAGUGUCACCAGCGAAGCACCCCCCUCCACACCACACCAUCACACUUCCUCCAUGCUCCUACUCCAUGCUUCACAUGCAGAGAUCAACCGUUCACCUACUUUGCGUCUCACAUAGACACUGCGGUUGGGACCAAAAGUCUCUUGGAUUUAUCAGACCAAAGGACAGAUUUCCACCGGUCUAAUGUCCAAUACUCAUGUUUCUUCUCUUCUUCUUAUUGGUGUCAUUUUAGUAGUGGUUUCUUUGCAGCAAUUUGACCAUGAAGGCCUGAUUUCACACAGUCUCCUCUGAACAUUUGAUGUUUAGAUGUGUCUGUUACUUGAACUCUGGGAAGCAUUUAUUUAUGCUGCAAUCUGAGGUGCAGUUAGCUCUUUAACUUGUCCUCUGCAGCAGAGGUAACUCUGGGUUUUCCCUUCCUGUGGCGGUCCUCACGAGAGCCAGUUUCAUCAUAGCGCUUGAUGGUUUUUGCGACUGCACUUGAAACUUUCAAAGUUCUUGAAAUGUUCUGCAUUGACUGACCUUCAUGUCUUAAAGUAAUGAUGUACUGUCGUUUCUCUUUGCUUAUUUGAACUGUUCUUGCUAUAAUAUGGACUUAGCCCUAUUUGGUAAAAUACCAUCUGCUGUAUACCACCCCUACCUUGUCACAACACAACUGAUUGGCUAAAACGCAUUAAGAAGGAAAUCAAUUCAACAAAUUAACUUUAAGCAAGGCACACCUGUUAAUUAAAAUGCAUUCCAGGUGACUACUUCAUGAAGCUGGUUGAGAGAAUGCCUAGAGUGUGCAAAGCUAUCAUCAAGGCAAAGGAUGGCUACUUUGAAGAAUCUAAAAUAUAUACUUUGAUUUGUUUAACACUGUUUUGGUUACUACAUGAUUCCGUAUAUGUGUUAUUUCAUAGUUUUGAUGUCUUCACUAUUAUUCUACAAUGUAGAAAAUUGUAAAAAUACAGAAAAAUCCAGGAAUGAGUAGGUGUGUCCAAACUUUUGACUGGUACUAUAUGUAAAAAUGCACAUAAAAUCAAGUGUUCUAUUUGGAUUCAGUAUUGUCAGGUGAACUGUUGUCCUCACUUUGGUCUAAUACUUUUUCCAUAAUCUCCAAACUGUUCCUGUUCAAUUCCUACCAUUUUCAUAUUCUUCUGUAAGAAAAAAAUUCAAUUUAUCCUUAUCCAUAUAGGCCAAUUCCCACGAGUGUAAAGGGUUAACAGGAGAACAUCCAGUCCUCUGCCACUAACACAACAUACAUUGAGCUUGGACCCAAUGGAUAAAAUGAAUGACUGUACAGUACAAAGGGCUGGUCCAGGGCCUGUCAUGGUUGAGGUUACUAUGGUUGUUUCUAUGGGGAAACUGGUCCUAAACCUGUGCAUAGGGAGGUUUACUAAGCAGACAGGUUUGGAUCGUAGCAGCAAUCCACUAUAUUUAUGGCCUGGUCUCAGAUCUGUUUGUCUUGUCAAUUCCAACCAUGCUUGUCAACUCCUCCAACCUACUCAGUUCAGACUCCUUGAAGUGAAGCCCAUUUCCUUGAACAUGUGUCCCAAAGGAAGGAAUUUGGAGGUGGCUUUGCUUGACGUCAACAUCUAGCAGAAGAUCACAGCUGAAUCAUGUAUUUAUAUAUCAAUAAACAUGCAUUUAAUGACAGAGAAAGUUGAGUGAAUUAAAACCAGAGAUAUAAUACUCUUCUAUUUCUAUUAUGAAAACAGUUUGGUUUCAGUUAGUGAAGGGAAGUUAUAAAGUUAUAUACGGUGGGAUCUGAAAUUGACACUUGAUAAAAAUAACUUCAUAAAAUAAUUCAAAUACUGAGCUAUAUUGUAUGCAACAAAAAAAGUGUACUUGAAAAUUGCUCAGAGGUAGAGAUUUUGUUUAACAAGUAAUACUUUUUUUCUCAAAGAGAGAGAAUCAUUGACACCCCUGUUUUCAAUAGGAUAAUGACACUGAACCGUUUCUAAAGUGUUUUAUGUGUUGGAGAACAUAUUGGGAGGGAUCUUAGACAGAAUCCUUCCAGAUCCUUGAUAUCCUAUGUGCCUAUGGGCUGCCCUCUUCAAUUCAAACCAUAUGUUUUAAAUUAGUUUUAAGUCCAGAGACUGAGAUUAUCUUUAUUUGGUUCAUCGCACUCUAGCGACUCCUUGUGCCGGGCCAGGCACCUGCAGGCUGACUUCAGUCAUUAGUUGAAUAGUGUUUCCUCUGACACAUUGGUGUAGCUGGUUUCCGGGUCAUUUCGACGCCAAACCCACCACUGCUGUAACAACUGACAUAACUUGUCAUAAUAUGGUCAUAACACUGUCAAGACAUAUCUAGAUAGAUCUGUUGUGACAUGUGCCGCGUUCAAGUGCUAGUCGGAAUGAGGAAACUCAGAAAUGUCCGAUGUUUGCUAUCUGGUUUCCUAGUUCUGACUAGCAUGUGAAUGCGGCAAUAUAUUGCGUUCUUUUUUUGGCUGGUUAUGACACCUACAAAAGUAUCAAAACCCACAAACUCCCACACAAGGCGAACCAAUCCAUUAAACCAUAGCCUGCUUGUAAACCGUAUGUUUAUGUUUUAAAUAACAUUUUCAAAAAUGUGACAUAUUCAAAUAUCAUUGUAAUUGCACAUACAUUAAUGUCAAACAUGCACCUACCCCAAUACUCUGUUGCUGAUGACUGGGAUAAAUGCAGGAGCAGUUUUCAGGAGUAGGACAAGACACCCUCUUUGUGGCUGAUGACUGACAUAAGGGCAUGUAUGUGAUAGGCCUAUCUGGCCGAUAUGAAAUAAACAUAACAGUCAUAAUGCUU